AUGGGCUUCUGGCCCCCGGAUACAGAGCGGACGCCGCCGUUCGGGGGCAUCAAGCGCUCGAAGAUGGCGCGUUGGGAGGCUGGCAUGGAGUCCAGCCCGUGGGUUGAUAUUGCUGCUGCGGCUGUUGAUACUGUGGGUGUUCCUGCUGAUAUUGAUAUUGUUCCUGUCGCUGCUGGGACUGUGGAGGCUGUUCCUGUUCUCGCUGAGGAAGUUGUGGUGGUGGCGGCGGCGACUGUUGAUCCUGUGGACUCUGCGGCUGUGGAGGAGGCUGCUCCCGCUGUCGCUGUUCAGGAAUCUGCUCUGUGUUAUGCUGCUGUGGACCUGGAGUUGACGGCUGUGAUGGGCUCUGUCCCGAUAGUGUCGUGGCAGCAUCGGGCUCAUCCUUCCUUGCUGGCACGGUCGGGCGAGGGGGCUUCCUGGGUGGCACUUGGGUAUACGAUACGGAUGCCGGUCUUCGUCGUGCAGCGGCCAGGUUUCGUACCGGGGGAGGGGGUGGGACAGGGAGAUAGCCGCUGUGAGGGUGUAAUAACAAGGAAUGAGGGGCACCAUCCUGAUGUUGCUGAGGAUAUUCCUGGACGAGAUAGCAGUUGGCACAGAGGGUCAUGGGUGGUGUGCAAGUAG